GGAAGGAAACAGCAAACGGAUGCAGCUCCCGAAGCUCGCUUUGGUUGUAAACAAAAACAAGUUUCAAAGCACUCAGAGAGAGCGAGAGAGAGAGAGAGAGUGGAAUGGAGCAUGCUCCUGACAGCCGAAGCUUGAAAUUUCCCAGCUAGAGGCGAGCUGACAGCAUUUAGCAGUCAAGUGGACGUCAAACUGGGCUGAAGUACGCCAAGAGAAGACGUCAAAAGGAAAUUAUUGAUUUUUGGUAUCCGAAGUGAAAAAGUGUUUCGCCUGCAUUUGGCCAUGUAGAAAAAUUGCAAAAGUCGAGAAGCAAUUGCCAAUUAACCAGACAGACAGCGUUAAUAAAUCUAGUGCAGCCCGUGUAGUUGUGUGGGUGUGGCAGCUGCGCCAACAGCGCUAUGGCCGACAGCGAAUACGAGGAAUUCCGCAGGCCCAUCUUUGAGCCACAUGCAUUAGCCAACACAUUUGGCAAGAAGAAAACCACACAUGCAUUUUACUCCCUAAUACCCAACGAUGAUUUAGAGGAUUCGCAUUCCUCGAAAAGCGAUGGCUCCGAUCAGGAGGAUGGCAUUAUCGACAACAAGCUGCAGCGUCAGGUGGAGGACGAUGAGCUGGGCGAUGGCCUGAAGGUGACGCUCUCCUCGGAUGGGUCACUCGAUACGAACGAUUCGUUCAAUUCGCACUGUCAUCAUCCAUUGAAUCAUCAGGAUGCCAUCGGUGGCUUCAUUGGCAUCAAUGGUAUGGCGCCAACGGCUGUUGCAAAUGUUGGCCCGGUAACCAUUGGAGCCACCACAGAGCUGCUGACACCCGGUUCGGCGGCAACACGACGUCGUCGCAAGUUGCCCGAAAUACCCAAGAACAAGAAAUCUUCCAUUCUGCAUAUUCUAGGUGGCCCCACAGUCGGUCAGUCCCUGGCGGAUGAGAUUCGCAUUGGAAAUGCCGGCGCUGUGGCAGGUGCAACCGGAGUGGCGCCUGCUCCACGCUCGAAUCAGCAGCGUUCGUUUCUAACGCUCAAAUGUGGCUAUUUGCUGGAUGAGGACUCCAGUCCGGACUCGGAGCGAUUGCAGAGCCUGGGCGAUGUGGACAGCGGUCAUAGUACAGCGCAUUCCCCAAAUGAUUUCAAGAGCAUGUCGCCACAGAUUACAUCGCCGGUGUCCCAAUCACCGUUUCCCCCACCAUUUGGGGGUGUACCGUUUGGCCAGCUGGAGAUGCUGGAGGCGACACAUCGGGGUCUGCACAAGUUUGUGCCACGGCAUCACGAUGAGAUUGAGCUGGAGAUUGGCGAUGCCAUCUAUGUGCAAAAGGAGGCCGAGGAUUUGUGGUGCGAGGGUGUCAAUCUGCGCACAGGUCGCCAGGGCAUCUUUCCCUCGGCGUAUGCCGUUGAUCUGGACUACAAUGAGUUCGAUCCCACUGUGCAGCUGGUGAAGAAGGAGCGCUAUCUACUUGGCUACCUGGGAUCCGUGGAGACGCUCGCCCACAAGGGCACCGGUGUCGUUUGCCAGGCGGUGCGCAAGAUUGUCGGCGAAUAUGGCACCUCACCGACGGGACAAACGUGCAUCCUCGAGGUAUCCGAUCAGGGAUUACGCAUGGUCGAUCGCUCAGCUCCAAAUAACAAAAAAGAGAAGAAACCCUGCAUCGAUUACUUCUACUCGCUGAAGAAUGUGUCCUUCUGCGCAUUUCAUCCAAGGGAUCAUCGCUUCAUUGGCUUCAUCACCAAGCAUCCGACAGUGCAACGUUUCGCCUGUCACGUCUUCAAGGGCAACGAGUCCACUCGACCCGUUGCAGAAGCAGUCGGUCGCGCCUUUCAGCGUUUCUAUCAAAAGUUUAUUGAAACCGCUUAUCCCAUCGAGGACAUCUACAUCGAGUAGAGCGCAAGUUACAAAUACAAAAAGAAAACAUUAAAAA